CCGGGGAGCCGGGGGGCAGCGCCGGAGCCCGGGGGGAGCGUGGCCCCGCCGGCCGGCCGGCCAGGGCGGGGGGCAGCUAGGACGGCGCCGGUCCAGGUGGAGGCCACAGAGGACCCAGGGCAAGCAGGAGCAGCAAUGGUUGGUCCUGACGGUGGCUGAGCCCCCAGCCCCUGGAAUAUGCAGCCCGGGGGGGCCCCAGGCAGCGGCAAGGACGCGGCGGCGGAGUGGGGCGGGAGGCAUGGUCUCCACCUACCGGGUGGCCGUGCUGGGGGCGCGAGGUGUGGGCAAGAGUGCCAUUGUGCGCCAGUUCCUAUACAACGAGUUCAGCGAGGUCUGUGUGCCCACCACCGCCCGCCGCCUCUACCUGCCUGCUGUCGUCAUGAACGGCCACGUGCACGACCUCCAGAUCCUCGACUUCCCACCCAUCAGCGCCUUCCCUGUCAACACGCUGCAGGAGUGGGCAGACGCCUGCUGCAGGGGACUCCGGAGCGUCCAUGCCUACAUCCUGGUCUACGACAUCUGCUGCUUUGACAGCUUUGAGUACGUCAAGACCAUCCGCCAGCAGAUCCUGGAGACGAGGGUGAUCGGCACCUCGGAGACGCCCAUCAUCAUCGUGGGCAACAAGCGGGACCUGCAGCGGGGACGCGUGAUCCCGCGCUGGAACGUGUCGCACCUGGUGCGCAAGACCUGGAAGUGCGGCUACGUGGAGUGCUCGGCCAAGUACAACUGGCACAUCCUGCUGCUCUUCAGCGAGCUCCUCAAGAGCGUCGGCUGCGCCCGCUGCAAGCACGUGCACGCCGCCCUGCGCUUCCAGGGCGCGCUGCGCCGCAACCGCUGCGCCAUCAUGUGA